UGCCGUGGAUCGAGGAUAAAUGGUUUCUUGCGCCGAAUCUCAGUUUCUGUUGGAUUCAUUAUCUCACACUUGACCAAUUCAAUCUUUUUUCUCACUCACUUUUCUCUUUCCCCACCACAUUAUGCCCCCCCUUGUCCUUCUCACGGGUGCCACCGGCCUAAUUGGCUUCCGCGUCCUUCAAGAGCUCCUUCUCAAGAGCGACUACAACAUCAGAAUCACCGUGCGCUCCGAGGCAAAAGCGCAAACCAUCUUCGCCAACCCAGUGAUCCAAAAGCUCAAUCCCGGCGACCGACUGACCUCCAUCCUUGUCCCGGAUAUCCUUGCGGAGCAUGCAUUCACGACCGCACUGCAAGAUGUGUCAUUCGUGAUCCACACCGGCGCUCCGCUGCCCGUGCCUGGAUUCGACCCUCUCACACAAGUCUGGAAGCCCACGGUGGAAGGAAUUGCCAACCUGCUGAAGUCUGCCCUGAGCGUGCGCACCCUCACGCGGGUCGUGAUCACCUCGUCGAUCGUGGCCAACAUGGCUCCCAUGCCCGAUCCCUUCGUCACCGUCAGCGCAGCCUCCCGCAUCACCCUGCCCGGGACCCCCGAGACUUUCUCCAACGUCUUUGAGGCCUACGUUCUCGCCAAGAUCACCGAGCUCAACGACACGGACUCGUUCGUCGAGCGCGAGAAACCGCCUUUCUCCGUGGCCACAGUGGCCCCCGGCUACGUCUACGGGCGCGACGAGCGGGUCCUCAGCGCCGAUGCAGCGGUCACCAAGGACAGCUCACCUGGGAUCCUGUUGCGCAGCGUGAAGGGGAUCGACUGCCCCGUCCCCAUCCAUGGGGGCUACGUUCACAUCGAUGAUCUGGCGGAGUUGUAUAUGCGGGUGUUGCAGCGGGAGCCCGACGCGCAGACUCCAUCCAGUUUCGGGGCCUGCGCCUUGGUCGAUUACGCGGACGUGUGGCGCGUCGUGGAGAAAGAGUACUCGGCCGCCGUGGCGGCUGGCGUCCUCACGCGGGCCACACUGCCGACGCUGCCGAUCGCGUACGAUUCCAGUGAGACGGAGAAGACUUUGGGGAUGACGUUCCGGCCGUUUGAGGAUGCGGUCAAGGAUGUGGUCGACUUUUACUUGGAGAGGUUGGAGGCAGAGAAGGCUUCGAGCAGUUGAGGUGGCUGUCCCUGCCGCGCGUGUUAUUUGUAGACUAAGUAAGCAAUACAGCAGAAAAAGAACCUCCGAAUCUCCCUGGACGGUCAUUGUGCCAUCGACGGAAGAUCUUUUGGAAUCGAGAGGCCCUUGAUACUUCCCAUAUGUGCUCAAAAGGGGUUGCUAAAGAGCCAUAGCUAGCAGUCUUAAGUCCACUCCCAUGGUAUCAAGACACCUCCCACCCAG